CUCUUUCUCUCUUGUCUGAAAGCAUGCCCAAUCUCCUUUGCUGUAAAAGUGCAACCUCUUAUUUCGCUUCGGCAAACGCAGUAAACCAGUAUGCACCAAACACUGUAAUUGAGCCAAAGCAUCUAGAUAUACAGCUCAAGCUCAAUGAUCUGCAUGACAAGCGCCUUACAGCCACCGUAACAAUUACGUUUGGAUAUGGAGGCCAGGCGCUUAUUAGAGAUAGAGAAGAACUAUCGUCUGUCACCCUGAACGCUGAAGGGUUCGAGCAGCUGCACGUCGAAGGUGCAUCCCAUAGUUAUGAUGGUCAUCGGAUCCAAUUGCACUGGCCUGAACCAUUUGAAAAAAACACCCAGCGCAACGUCACUGUGAGCUACAAAGUAGAACAUCCGAUUGCCGGCCUGUAUUUUCAAAAUGAAGACUCACUUAUGAACGACAAGGAGUGCUGUUGGGCGAUCACCGAUCAUGAAACAGAAAAGGCACGUUAUUGGUUGCCCACGAUCGAUUUUCCGACGGCUCGGACGACGCUGACGUGGGCAAUUUCUGCGCCAUCCCAAUAUACGUCUUUGGCAAACGGUGCCUUGAUCUCUGAGCAAACAGAAAAUGGAUAUACAACAACACGUUGGAAGCUCGAUUACCCUUGCCCGUCGUAUCUUGUAUGCUUCGCUGUGGGGGAUUUCGUUUCGGUGGACGCUGGCCAAGUCGAUGGAAAGCCUGUUAAAUACUACACAGCGCGCGGUUACGCAUCGGAUGAUCUUGAGCGCUCGUUUGGUAAAACGCCUGAUAUGAUCAAGUGGCUCGAAGCUAAGGUUGGCGUACCAUUCCCGUGGCCAAAGUAUUAUCAGAUCGCUUUGCCUGCUAUUCGAGGUGCCAUGGAGAACAUUUCGUUGGUUACUUGGACGGACAUGCUAGUUUUAGACAAGAUCAAUGCCAAGGAGCGCCAGUAUAUCGUGGACAUUGUGAACGUGCAUGAAAUGGCACACACUUAUUUCGGCGAUCUAUUAGUCAUACGUCACUUUGAACAUGCUUGGUUGAAGGAGAGUUGGGCCACCUAUAUGGAGUCCUGCUGGUUACAAGAUAAUCUCUCUGAGGACGAUUUCCGUUUUGAGAUGCUUACAAAUGCUCACGGUUAUAUGAAGGAAUGCAACAAAGAUUACAUGCGUCCUAUUGUUACGCGCAUGUACGAUUCGUCGUGGGAUAUGUUUGACUCUCACACAUAUCCAGGUGGUGCAUGGCGCAUCCACAUGCUACGCGCAAUUCUUGGUGAUGAAGCUUUUUGGGCUGGUGUCAAACACUAUGUUGAAAAGUUUUCAACCAAAACCGUGCAAACGAGCGACUUUCAAGCAUCUUUGGAAUGGGCAUCUGGACUCAAUCUAACACGCUUUUUCGAUGAAUGGCUGUACUCAAAAGGUUAUCCUAUGCUCAAGGGAAACUUUAAUCACGAUUUGAGCCGUGGUUUAGUGGAGGUGUCCAUCACGCAAACUCAAGUGGAUGGCGAUGUUCCUCUGUUUUCAUUUGAUCUUGACAUUGAGUUGACGGACGACAAGGGAAACAAGUACGAGAAUACAAUCAAAUUCGACCGCGAUGCGACUAGGGUGACGACGUUUGUACUUUGCGAUAAGGGCACACUUCCGUCGAUGGUGCGUGUAGAUCCGCAUUUCCGUGUACUUCACACAUUGGAUAUGUCAACUGAUCAACGCGUUUUGGAAAACACUGCUACUCAAGCUGAAGACGUGCCUUCUCGUAUCUGGGCAUAUAACGAGCUGAUCAAGAACGGAUCGUACUCUGCGCUCAAGUUUAUUCAAGAUCAUAUUCUGCAAGAGCAAUUCUAUGGUGUUCGUGCUCAAGUUUCGGCGUUAUUAGCUAAACAAAAAAGCGGAUUUGCACUCAAGAUUCUCGCUUCGAUGGUCAAAAAAGAAACCGAACCGCUUGCAAUGUCUACGGUCAUAACGGCAUGCCAAAUCCAAGAUGAUACUCUAAGAGAAGCAAUCUUGGAUGUCUUAUCACGCGCAGACCAACUGCCUUACAGGGCGCAUGCCGCUGCUUUAGUAGCACUGGCAGUCCAACAAAACGAUGCAGAUCUGCAGUACCUUUUACGUGUUGCUCAAGAUGACGCCAAGAUUGGUCAGCACGGUCUGAUUCGUGCAGGUGCACUGAAAGCACUUGGUUAUCAUCGUAGCGAAGAAGGCUUCAAGUACCUCAUCAGCCGCGUUGGUUACAACAUCGAACCCAUGCGCGCUCGUGCGCAAGCAUUGGAGGGUCUCAAGUACUCUGCCGAAUGGCAAGAGAAACAACUCCAAAGACUUGCUGUGGAAACGUUUGCCAAGUUGUUACGCGACCCCAAUCUCACGGUACGCACGGUAGCAGUCGAUGGACUUGUGGCAUUGGAAGCCAGACACAUUUAUAACGAUGUUGAAGGAUCGCGUUACUUGUACUCUAAAGACGAUCAAUCCUGGUUGGAUCGCAAAUUGUACGAAUUGUAUCAGUCAAGAAGCAGCGCGCCCGAUCGAUCGACAAAGGAGCACGUUGAUAAACUCGAAGAGCGCGUCAGAAAAUUGGAAGAAAAGUUGCAACAACUGGACCAAAGCGCGUGACUCGCGUAGUGUAGCUUGGUUUUUUUCUCUUUCAGCACAGCAGCAGGAAU